AUGGCCCUCGCCGGCGCGGCGCAGUCCAUCGGCUGGCCGUGCGUCAUAUCAGUCAUCGCGAACUGGGUCGGCCGCGGGCAGCGCGGCCUUGUGAUGGGCGUGUGGGCGGCAAACACUUCUCUAGGGAAUAUAGCGGGCGCCGUGGCUGCGUCGGCGUGCCUGCGGCUGGGGUGGGGCUGGAGCUUCGUGGCUCCGGGGGUUGCGCUGAGUGGGGCAGGCCUUGUUGUGUUUUUGCUGCUGGUAGCGGCGCCCGAGGACGUCGGAUUGGCGGGCCCCGCGGGCGCGGCGGGGGGCGGCGGGGGCCCGGCGUACGCGGCAGUGGGGACUGCGGACGACGGCGGGGCGCGCGGCGCAGGGCCCGGACGGGCGGCGGCGCGGGCGGCGGCGGCGGGCGGCGGUGGAGGUGGCGGUGGUGCGGGGACAGGGACCGGCGACGGGGCCCUGCACUUCGAGGUGGAGGGUAAUGGCGGCUGGGAGGACUGGGGGGAUGACGACUUUGACGCCGUCGAGGAUGACUACCCAGACACCGUCUCCCUAAACCCCCGCGACGGCCCCCGUGCACUGCCCCUCUCCACGCCCGCGCGCACCGCGUCAACGGCCGCCGCGCGGCGGCCGCGCAGCGGCGGCGGCGGCAACGGCGGCGGCGGGCCCGCGCCGCUGUCGUUCUGGGCGGCGUGGGCGAUUCCAGGGGUGGCGUCAUUCGCGCUGGCCCUCUUUUUCAGCAAGCUCAUUGCGUACACAUUCCUUUAUUGGCUGCCAUUUUACAUGAGCUCAACGCCCAUUCAGGGUCGCUUGCUAUCCCCAAAAGAAGCGGGCGACCUGUCGACCCUCUUCGACGUCGGCGGCAUCGCCGGAGGGGUAGCUGCCGGGUACCUGUCCGACCGGACGGGCGCGAGCGCGUGCGUCGCGGCGGCGUUCACGGGCGCGUCGCUGCCGGCGCUGUACGCGUACCGCGCGCUUGGGCGCGGGGGGCUGGGUGUCAACAUGGCGCUCAUGGCGGCCGCGGGGUUUUUUGUCAACGGGCCGUACGCGCUGAUUACGACGGCGGUCAGUGCUGAUCUCGGAACGCACGAGAGCCUCGGGGGCGAUGCCAAGGCCCUGGCUACAGUCACCGCCAUCAUCGACGGCCUGGGCUCUAUUGGUGCCGCGCUGGGGCCCGCGCUCACUGGCUACAUCGCGCAGGCGGCUGGCUUCGACGGGGUGUUCCUGAUGCUGUACCUUUCUGCGCUGGCGGCGGGCGCGCUGCUGGCGCGGCCGGGGCUCAAAGAGGGGUGCGGCUCCGGCGAUUGA